AUGCGGACGCAUCGGCCGGAAACUCUCAGACCGGGAGGCAAGGUACAGUACGGUAGAGAGCGAGUGCCUCGCCAUCCGGUGGGCGGCCGGGGCCCUCCGCUACUACCUGCUGGGGCGCGCCUUCAGCCUCUGCUUAGACCACAAACCGCUCCAGUGGCUCCAACGGAUGAAGGAUGCCAACGCACGGAUCACCCGGUGGUACCUCGCAUUGCAGCCGUACAACUUCCGGGUGGUCCACAGGCCGGGCGCACAGAUGGCCGUGGCGGACUUCCUCUCUCGUCUUCCUGGGGGGGGGGAGUCGGCGCGGCUGGACGGGUGCCUGGCCUGAGUCUGACGGUGGAGGCAUGUGAGAGGGCCAUGCACAGGAGCCGGCUGGAAGCAGAUGGCAGCAGCUUUGGUGACUGCAGGGCGGGGCUGAAAAGCCAGAAGAGGCCACACGAGGGGCUGACGGAGGAGAAAGAAUUUACGGACAAAAAGAAGAAAUAUUACACGCCCCCGCGUUCGUCACACGGACCGCGCCCACACUCCGCCGCAGCUGGAGGCAAUCAACACUCAGUGCACCUGGCCUUCAUGAGGGACGACAGCAUAAAGACCUUCAACGCUGACUCAUCGUCACCGGAAUGUAGCACUGCUCGCAUGCCCGUGUCUCAGCCUCGCUGUGUACCUCCGCUGCUGCCUUUCCCUCCUGGACUCUGUUUGCUCUCCCCGAUCCUUGACCCAGUUUUUGGACUUCCGGAUUUCGCCCCCCGCUCGGACCUUGGACUUCCCAUUGGAUCAUUCCCUUUGGACUUGGACGCCAUUCAUUCAACACGCACCUCAAACCCUUACGGUAUUCAUAUGGUAAAUUCUCUCACAUAGUCUCUCAUGCAAACACAUAGUAGCAUACACACC